CUCGUAGCGCGAAGGGGGCAACCUACUGUUAGGCAACUAGUUAAGCAGCCAAUGAGCAGUCAGUCAGUCAGUCCGUCCUAAAUACAAAAAGUAUUAGGUGACAGCAGGUCCGCUCCAAACUAAAUGAAAAGCGCGAGAGAGCGGCCAGGCCGCAUUUUCAGCUUGUGUACAGUCAAGGAUUACCACGGCUCUAGGGAGGGAACCAGCGGAGGAAGGGCGGGCCCUCCUUGAGCCGCGUUUCUUGAGGAGGAAGGGGUGAGGAGCGACGGGCAAGUUUCGGUUCAGUCCCGAUCCAAGAGUAGGUACAGGCGCUCCCUUCUUGGUACCGGGUCAUGGCUCCGCCGGGAGUCUACGAAGCGGAGAAAGUGCUGCAGGCCAAAAUAGUAAUGGCAGGGGAGUCCUGCGCAGGAAAAACUUCUAUCCUGAGGCGAUACACUGAACUCUGCCCAGCCACGCUCUCGCCGCCCACUUCCUAUAUCGCCACUAUCGGCAUUGAUUUCAAAGUAAAAACAAUUUCAUUUAAUGAUACAACAAUGAAACUUCAAAUAUGGGACACUGCUGGUCAGGAGCGAUUCCAUACCUUUACUACUAGUUUUUUUCGUGGAGCACAUGGAUUUGUUCUUGUCUAUGAUAUCACAAGCACAGAAAGUUUUCAAGGAAUUGUACACUGGAUGAAGGAUAUACAUGAGAAAGCAGAUGAAAACGUAGAGAUAAUACUGUUGGGUAACAAGUGUGAUAAGGAGGCAGAACGUGUAAUUCCAAAAAACAGAGGAGAAAAGCUUGCUUGGGAAUAUGGAAUACCCUUUUUUGAAACCAGUGCUAAGGACAACAUAAACAUUGAAGAUGCCUUUUUAGUGCUAGCCAAAGAAAUACUGAACAAGAGUCCCUGUGUACUGCUUGACUUAGAUAUGGUGGACCUACAUGAAAAAGCACAAAAGAGAAAUUGCUGCAAGCUGUGAUUGGCAGUUUUGUAUUAUUUCUGAUCAUAUCAUCUAUUUUGUAUAUACCAACUCUUGAACUUUAAUAUUUUUCUCCCUUUGAGGAUACACAAAAUAUCCAGUUUUUACUGAUAUUAAUAAAACAGCAAUGCCUGUCA